AUGGCCUUCGCAGGUGUACUGGCUGAUGCUGAGGUGGCUGCAGCCCUGGAAGGGUGCAAAGGUGACCCCUAAAGUUUGAACCCCUCAGUGUUGCUGCUCUGUCCUGUCUGUAAUUUAAAUGUAUAUUGUUUCACGAUCAGUCUGUGUCCAUUUCAGCUGCCGACUCCUUCGACCACAAGAAGUUCUUCAAGGCAUGCGGUCUGGCUGGCAAGUCUUCCGAUGAUGUCAAGAAGGCCUUCGCCAUCAUUGACCAGGACAAGAGCGGGUUCAUUGAGGAGGAUGAGCUGAAGUAAGAACACUCAGCAGCUCUGGAUAAUGCUCUUGCAGCACACUUCCAUACUGGCCUCGCCUUACACAACACAGUUUUAGAUUUACUAGAAUAAGAAGGAAAUAGACCUCUUUUACGAGUAAAGGUGUAUAUUUAUGAGUUUAAGGUGAUGAUUUUAAUCUAUUGUUAGCUUUUAUGCUGUUUUGAAAGGACAGACUUAGCAAAAUAACAUAUGAAACAUGGAGCAUCAUGUGAAAUUAUGACGCUCCAUAGGUUUCAUAAAAAAGAAGGUAAACAAAUACAAGAUCAGGAAUAUGUGCAAUUAAGUUGACAAGAAAUUUAGUGUAAUAUUUAUCUAGAAAUACAAAUUAUUUCUCCAAAUUUACCACUUUUUCAUAGAUAUAGGAUUUAACUUGUUCAUUCAGAUUUUCGAACUUUGAUUUUACUUUUUAUUUUAUUUUACUAAGUUUAUUGUUAGCAUCUGAACUUUUUCUUACCUUAUUGAGGCUUUUUCACCCCAGUGUAUCUUACAGCUACAUUUAAAACAACCAAAUUCUUUACUGCAUUCAGAUCAAAACCCAAUUUAUUUAUUUAUGGAGGUUAAAUGUUUUUUUUUGUCUUUCUUUUUUUUGUUAAGUGAUGGUUUUUAAGUUUAAGUGAUAGUUGAAUUAAUUUUUAAAAUAUUUUUAAUUAAAAAAAAAUCUAAUUAUGUAAGGAUCUUGUUCCAAAGUUAAAACCUAAUAUGUUGAUUUUAGCAGAUAUCCUCUACAGGUCUUUAGUUUAACAGUAAAACGACUCAGUAUCAGGCACAUGUGUGAAUUUACACGCCCAGAGUUUGUUGUUUUUUCCUCAAAACAAACUCUACGUCUGUCGCCAGUUCAUUUGAGUUAAUUUCACAGGUGUCCCUCCACACUAAUAGUGUUUUCUUUACUGUGAUGCGUGUUGUCCGAUUGUGUUUUGGGGUCCGUGAACUAACCACCACCUCUGUCCGUCCUCAGGCUGUUCCUGCAGAACUUCAAGGCAGGUGCACGCGCUCUCACCGACGCUGAGACCAAGACUUUCAUGAAGGCCGGUGACACCGACGGUGAUGGCAAGAUUGGAGUCGAUGGUGGGUCAUCGUGGACUCUGAUCACGUGCUCCUUAUGCAGACAAAGCUGACUGUACAUUUCUAACCAUGUGUUUUUGUUUGUGUGUCUUUCUUUCUUGUGUGUGUCCCUGCAGAGUUCGCAGCCGUGGUUAAGGCACAAUAA